AUGGAGAACAAAUGGAUUCUUCCUCUAGCCCUAUCCUUGUUUAUAGCUGUUCUUAGCUUGGCAGCAGCAGCUAAGCCAGUACUGCCACCAGUCUUCAUACUUGGUGAUUCAACUGCAGAUGUUGGUACUAAUAAUUUCUUGCCGGGCAGUAUGGCAAGAGCUGACUUUCCCCACAAUGGCAUUGACUUUCCUCGCACUCCGAAACCCACCGGAAGGUUCAGCAAUGGCCUUAACAGUGCUGAUUUUCUUGCCCAGCAUUUUGGUUACAAGAGAAGUCCAAGCCCCUUUCUUUCUUUCAAAAGUACUUCUCUUCAAAAGAAGAAGUUUAAUGGUAUCAACUUUGCUUCUGGAGGGUCUGGUCUUCUUGACCUAACUGGACAGACAAUGCUGACGUUGAUGAAGUUUGGAACUGGAAAUGUUCCAUUUAGUGCCUCAUUCAAAGACCAGAAGAAUGUGAUCUCAUUAACAGAACAGAUACAACAAUUUUCAUCUGUCAAAAACAAUCUUACGGCCUUGAUGGGUGCAGUGGCAACUGAGAAGUUUCUUAAAGAGUCUUUGAUCUUCAUCAGCAUCGGCAGCAAUGACCUUUUCGCAUACUACCAUUCAAAGAGUUCCAUUCCGAAGGAAAAGUUCUUGUGCUCUUUAGAACUCGCUUAUGAGAACCACUUGAAGACUCUAUACAAUCUUGGAGCAAGGAAGUUUGGCAUCAUCAGCGUUGCUCCAAUUGGGUGCUGUCCAUCUCAGAGGAUUUUCAAUGCUACUGGGGGAUGUUUGGAGGAGUUGAAUGAGUAUGCAGUAACCUUCCACUCGAAGCUGGACGCCCUCUUGUGCAAGCUCAGCACCAAAUACGAAGGCUUUAAGUAUUCCCUUGGAAAUUCAUAUGAAAUGACAAUGAAUGUCAUACAGAACCCUCUUCCAUUCAAUUUUACACAAGUGGAAGCUGCAUGUUGUGGAGCUGGGAAGCUCAAUGCUGAAUCCUACUGCACACCAAAUGCUAAUCUUUGUCCAAACCGUGACCAAUACUUGUUCUGGGAUCUAUUUCAUCCAUCACAGGCGGCUUCGAAGUUGGCAGCUGUGACCCUCUACUUUGGAGGACCAGAAUAUGUAUCCCCAAUUAACUUCGCUCAGUUAGCCGAGGCCUAG